AUGGUUAUGGCCUUUGAUAUCGCUAGCGCAAAAGCGGCGUGCCGAAUGCGCGACGACUUCAUGAAUCUACUUUUAUUGAUUGUUAGAGAUUCAGCAAAGCCAUUGCAACGCCAGCAAAAUGUCUACAAUUAUGCGGACGUUGCGCAGCAUGCGCAGAGUGGGUAUCAAGGAUGCUCUUCACCAAAUGCAUGUGAUACCAAAGCCGGAACCUUCAUCGCAAAGGAUCGAUAUGGCAACAAAUAUUUCGAGAACGUGGAGGACGAAUUACCACUACGCACAAGAUGGGUAGACUACAAAGACGACGAAUACAGCCCAUGUCAAAUCGAGCCCGGCUGGCACGCCUGGAUGUCAUACAUGGUAGAUAAGCCACCGACCCAAGAUCCUCUCUUGCAGACCAAAGUACGCCCUUGGGAAUUGCCGGAUCACAGACCAACUUUCACCAUGACACGAGCUGCUUUCAAGACUUAUUCUACUGUCAAACCAAAGAUUACUGCUUGGACUCCCGAGGCUGUUGAAAGGGCGUGA